AACAAAUCCAUUCGCUCUGAUUAUGCUUUCUACACUUUGUUACUUCUCUCACUUGAAAUCUUAAACUUGUAUAUAUAUUUAUUUUACUUUAAAUGCAAAAAGUGUAAUUGAAAAAUAAGUAAUUUGUUCAAAAAAAGCGGCUCCUUCCGCUACAUUCUGCUGCCCGCAUUGGAACUCAUAGAAGUGUGGAAAUUGCUCGAACGCAAAACGUGUUCUGCCGGAACCUCGGAAGUGUCGCAAGAGAGAAAACACUCUUUUCGCAUAAGAAUACUCGAGUCGGAUUGAUAUUCCAAAGUUCACCGGAAUACGUGAAAUAAUCGUGAGCGCUCGAAAUGUCACAGAAAGCUGUUUUAUUACAUUGUUAUAAUCGCGGUUGCGGAAAGAAAUUUGAUCCUAAUGAUAAUAAAAACGAUGAUUGUGUUCAUCAUCCGGGACAGCCUGUGUUCCACGACGCAUACAAAGGCUGGUCCUGUUGCAAUAAAAAAUGUACAGACUUUACGGAAUUCUUAAACAUUAAGGGUUGUACAAAGUCUAAGCAUUCAAAUGAGAAACCACCAGAGCCAGAGAAACAACUCAUUGAUAAAACUACAGCUGAUGAAAUAAUAGAAGUUGUCUCUAAGCCGAUGCAUAAUAAUUCAACAUUAGAUAGGCCUUCUUUUGAUACACCUCAGCUACAGUUAUCGCCAACAAUAUCUCCGAUUCUGUUGGAACAAAUUAAAGGAUUGACUGCUUCAGAGACUAAACCAGUAUUAUGUGAAGUGCAAAUAGGACAAAAUUGUAAAAAUAAUACCUGCAAAGCUACUUAUAAUGGUGUUGAUUCCGAUGAGGAAGUUUGCAUUUUUCACCCUGGAGUACCGAUUUUUCAUGAAGGAAUGAAAUACUGGUCCUGUUGUCAGAAAAAGACAACAGAAUUCUCUGUCUUUUUGGAGCAACGUGGUUGCUCUUUAGGAAAACAUAUGUGGUUUUCUAAGGACAUGGGGAAAAAGGUACAAUGUAGGAUGGACUGGCAUCAAACUGGCACAUAUGUAGUUGUUUCUGUGUAUGCAAAAAAAUAUCUACCCAGUCAGUCUGUUGUAAAAUUGAAUCCUAUCCAUCUAACCGUAGAUUUAUUCUUUAUAGAAGAAAAUUCAAGAUACAACCUUGACAUAGAAUUGAGAGGAAUUGUUGAUGUUGGGAAGAGUAGUGUAAAUAUGUUGCCAACCAAAGUAGAAAUUAAGUUAAGGAAGGCUGAACCUGGCUCAUGGUCAAUAUUGCAUAUUCCAAGAGAGGAGGAACCAGAAGCCAAUGAGAGCAAGGAAAAUUUUGCAAACCUUAAUGCACAAGUGGAAGCCGUGGACCUUAGUGACCUUUAAUUGUUGGAAAAAUUUUUUCUGUAAUAAUUUGAUUCUUUCCGGAGUGAUUUAUUCUUACCUAAGAGAUGCACAUUGUAAUAUCAAGAGACUCUAUACUAGCCAUUUGAUGAAGAUAAUCCUAAAUAUACCUGGUACAAGUUAUUAUAAUGAAAAAAUAAGUAUAAUU